GCUUACUAUGGUUAGCAUAACACAACCGAGCAAAACAUGACAUAAUGCAAAACGAAAUUAGCAGUAAAAUCACAAUAUAACUGGAUAUUUUCUUCCUUUUUCAGAGGAGCUGUGUUCAUGUUAACAUCCAGGAGAGCAGAGUCUGUUCACCAUGGCCCUCGCUGAGGAGACGCCCGAGAAACACUGCUGGGUGUGUUUCGCGACAGAGAGAGACGACCUGAGUGCAGAGUGGGUGAGUCCCUGCCGCUGUAAAGGCUGCACCAAGUGGAUCCAUCAGAACUGUCUGCAGCGAUGGCUGGACGAGAAGCAGAAGGGGAACAGCGGGGGGGCGGUCAGCUGUCCGCAGUGUGGCACCGAGUAUCACAUCACCUUCCCCAAGAUGGGCCCGCUGGUGUACUUCCUGCAGCAGGUGGACCGCGCUCUGACUCGGGUCAGUCCCUUCGCUGCCGUCGGGGUCGUGGUGGGCUCCGUGUACUGGUCCGCCGUCACGUACGGAGCCGUCACCGUCAUGCAGGUGGUGGGUCAUAAGAAGGGUCUCCAUGUGAUGGAACGGGCCGACCCCCUCUUCUUGCUGAUGGGCCUCCCGACGAUCCCCGUGCUGCUGGUUCUGGGGAAGAUGAUCCGCUGGGAGGACUACCUGGUGAAGCUGUGGCAGAAGCACAGAGGGAAGAUCACACCAGGCCGUUACCUGCCCAGAGUCCCUGCUGACGGCCUCGCAGCCGGAGACCAUCUUUCUGUUUCUCGGACUCUGUGUGGAGCGCUCGUUUUCCCCACCAUCGCCUCCCUGGUGGGGCGGCUGCUCUUCAGAAAGAUGCCCUCCAACCUCCAGCGUACCGUACUGGGCGGCAUUGCCUUCGUUCUGAUUAAAGGAGUGAUGAAGGUUUACUUCAAACAGCAGCAGUGCACCAACCAGGCCAGCAGACACAUCCUGGACUAUUACCCAGAGACACAAACAGAGGGACAAAGUGACGGAGCCGAGGACGAGGACACGGAGGACAGCGGCAACGAGUAGUUUGAAUAAAGAGGAGAGAGAGAAAACUGGGAAAAUGGGAUUUACUGUAAAAAAAUCACCUUUUUGCUUUAAUAAAGGUGAGUCUGAGAGAGAA